AUUGGUUUCGGGGAGCAGGGAGGCGGAUGGGAUUGGUCUGGCGGCUCAGUGCCGGGUUCGGUGCCGGGUUCGGUGCCGGUUCCCCGCUCGGUGCCGGGGCGGUCCGGGGCCCCGCGGGGCAGGCGGUGCCGGGGCGGUCCCGCCCCGCUCCAUUGUCUGCGGCGGGGGCGGAGGGAGCGGAGGGAGCGGAGGGACGCGCUCCCGGCCAUGGCCCUGGCGCUGCUCGCACUGCUCUGCGCCGCAGUGAGGGGUGACGGGGACCCCCCCGACCCUGUCUACCUGCCGGCGGACCUGGAGGUGCUCGGCGUGCCGGAACAUUACCGGCUGCAGCGGGCAGACCAGGACCUGCCCGCCAACGCCUCCCUGAGCGCCCGCACCGAGACCUUCCUGCUGCUGCGACGUGGUGACACCACACAGAGCUUCGGUUCCACCACGGAGCCCCUCGUCCAGGCCACCUACUCACCCUUCAGCACCCGGCAGGAGGUGCCCACAGAGACCCCUCCCGGUGCAGAAGCCUGGGCCAUCCGUGCUGUGUCCCUGGAAAGCGCUGUGUCCCCGGCCGAGCCCUUUGCCCGCGUCCUCUUCCACCUCCAGGGUCCUGACUGGCUGCCAGGGCAGCAGGACCACCUGGAGAAGCAGGACCACCUCAGGAAGCAGGACCACACCAGGGAGCAGGUCCACCUUGGACAGCAAGACCACCUUGAGCAGCAGGACCACCUUGGGAAGCAAGAUCACCCCAGGGUUCAGGACCAUCCCAGGGAUUGGGACCACCUUGGGCAGCAGGACCACCUUGGAAAGCAAGAUCACCCUGGGGAUCAGGACCACCCUAGGCAGCAGGACCAUCUCAGGAAGCAAGAGCACCCAAAGGAUUGGGACCAUCUUGGGCAGCAGAACCACCUUGGGAAGCAAGAUCACCCCAGGGAUCGGGACCACCGCAAGGAUCAGGACCACCCUGAGCAGCAGGACCACCUUGGGAAGCCAGACCACUCUAGGGAAUGGGACCACCUUGAGGAGCAGGACCACUCCAGACAGCAUGACCACCCCAGGGAGCAAGACCUGCCCUGUGUCACCCUCCAUGUCCACCACCGUGGCCGGGUUGUCCGUGGGACCUGCCGCCUGCAGGCACCUCUGGGCACCUGUGUGGUGGAGCUGGAGAUCCCACCGCGCUGGUUUUCCACACCAUCCCCUGCUCCACGUAGCCGAGCUGCUGAGCCCCCCGAGCAAGCUGAGCUUCACUACAGUGUGGUGGGGCCAAGAGCUUGUGACCAUGCUGGGAUUCGGGAUGGAAGCCGUGAUGAGGAGACCCCACCGCGCUCGCUGGGCACCCUGGAGCUGCGGGCAGCAGAGCCGGCGCGGCGGCAGGAGGUGCAGCUGGAUGAGAAGGUGCUGCUGAGGGUGCCCGACACCACGUUACGCCCCGGCCAACGCUUCACUGCCACCGUCGCCCUACGGCACAACUUCACCGCCGAGCAGCUCACACUCCGGAUCAAGGCGAAGAAGGGGCUGCAGGUGGUGGGCGUCCGUCCGGCAUCCCCAAAUGCCUGGACCACCCAGUUGGAGCGCAGCCGGGGACCCAAACACUCGACGGCCGUGGUGACGUGUCGGCGCACCGGGGACGCCCCCAGCGGCACCAGGGCGCUGCUGCACGCGGAGGUGCUGGUGGAGGACGGGCCGGGGCCGCCAGCGCGCCCGCUGUCCUGGCAGCUCGAGUACCCCGGGCAGGAUCCCGACUCCCAGAAGGACAAACUGCUCUGGGAGAUCCACGUGUCCCAGCGCGACGUCCGCGCCCUCGUUCCCCUCGUGCAGGAGCUGGAGAUCCUCAACACGGCGCCGCUCACUGGUGUCCCGCGAGUCGUACUGGUUAAACUGGUGGCUGUGGAAGCGGGGGGCAACGUGGUGGAGCUCAGUGAGGCGCCGAGCUGCGAGUCGGCCGACAAGCAGGUCCUGCAGGUGUCGGAGGGCUGCGACGCGGUGUUCGUGGGGGGCAAGGAGAGCCGUGGGGCGCGGGGGGCGCGCGUGGAUUUCUGGUGGCGGCGGCUGCGCGCGGCGCUGAGCUUCACCGUCUGGGCGCCGCUGCUGCCCCUGCGCGUCCAGCUCGGUGACACCACGCUGGAGCAAGUGAGGGGCUGGCGCCUGCCUGGCGGCCCCGAGAGCGCCGAGGCGGAGGAGCCUGGGGAGGAGGGGGAGCGUCGGGCGCGUGGCUGCCGUCCCCAGUACCAGCGCACAGCGCUGAGGGUCCUGGCGCACUUCGUGGCCCACCCACUGGAUGGUGGCCGUCACCUCGCCUACCUGCCCGGCCCCGAGUGGCUCCUGGAUGUCACCCACCUGGUGGCCGGACGGACACGGGUGCAGGACCCUCGCGUGGCAUCGCUGGAGGGGGGCACCGUGGUGGUGGGACAGGAGCCUGGGGUCACCUCUGUGGAGGUCCGCUCCCCGCUCUCAGACUCCAUCCUGGGGGAGCAGAUGCUGGUGGUGUCGGAGGAGAAGGUGACGGUGACGGAGCUGCGCGCCCAGGUGGUGUCGGGGCUGGCCCUGACGCUCCGCCCAGAGCCCGGCCACCCCGGUGUAGUGACGGCCACCACGCAGGGCACGGCCACCUUGCGUGUCCCCAAGCAGGAGGCAACGGUGUCCGUCUGGCUGUCCUUCUCCGACCACACGCUGGCCCCGCUGGAGCUCUAUGGCUGGCAGGACGCCGCGUUGACCGUCACCUCGCUGGACCCCUCGGUGGCCACCGUUGGGGGCUCACCCGGGGUCCUCGGUGCCCGGCCAUGGGUGGUGGCCGAGGGACCGGGCCGCGGGGACCUUCUGCAGCUCAGCCUGCUCCCCCCAGAUGCCUGCCGCCGCGGCCGGCACCGUGCCACCGCGCUGGCCACCAGCACCGCCUGGCUCGAGGUGGGCAGUGGUUGGAGAACCCCAACCCCUGGUAGCCCCCGGCCACGUGGUAGUGGCCCCCGGCCCAGCGGUGGUGGCCCUCGGUCCAGCUCGCCCUUCCCACGCGCUGAGGGGGCCAUGUCUGGUGAAGCGGUGACGGCGGCCAGCGAGCCGCGGCGCAGGGACCCCGCCGGCGUAGGACCUGCCUCCACCAAGCUCCAUGGGUUGGGGUCUUCCUCUGAGGAAGAGGAGGAAGAGGAAGGCUACGGCCACAACCGCACUGGCGGGGAGGAAGAAGAAGAGGAAGACGAGAUGGUGAAGGCUCCUCAACGGGUGACCGACUUGGAGAUCGGCAUGUACGUCCUGCUGGGCGUCUUCUGCUUGGCCAUCUUCAUUUUCCUAGUCAACUGCAUCUUCUUCGUCCUGCGGUACCAGCAGAAGGAGCUGCCGGACACCGCCGCGGGCCCCGCUGCCCCCCAGCCCCACAACUGGGUCUGGUUGGGCACCAACCAGGAGGAGCUGAGCCGGCAACUGGACCGCCGGCAGCCCGAGCCACCCAUCCCCGAAGCAGGUGGUGAAACCGGGCGUUGUUGUUGUGGGGUCCCACCAGGUACGGCGCCCACUACCGAAGCUGGGGGUUCCCCCGGCACCCCGACCCCCGGCGCUCCAUUGCUGCGCAAAGAAGGGGCGACGCCGGGGGGAGGCCGGAGGAAGCGAGUGGAGUUUGUCACCUUCGCUCCUGCCCGCGUCCCAGAGGAACCCCCUCAGCCCGCCCCCAACGUCCAGUCCAUCCUGGUGGCCAGCGAGGAUGACAUUCGUUGGGUGUGUGAGGACAUGGGGCUGCGGGACCCUGAGGAGAUCAGGAGCUACAUGGAGAGGAUCCGGGGCAGCUCCUGACCCCCGGGG